GAGAGUCAUUAAAGUCUGAAAUUUGGUUUGUUAGCUCGUUGUAAAGCCCGUUAUUAUUCUACCAGGAGUCACACGGCGCGAUUCUAAACCGGAAUAGAUAUCGUGAAAACAUAAACACGCCGGCGACGACACAACAUUUGAUGCAAACACUUCGUCUCCGGUGCGAUGUUGUUUCGUCUCACGCAUCCCCAGCAAUGACAGCUGAGCUGAAGCCAUUGGUACCGCCUUUGACAAUGUGGGACAGCCAACCACAGCUCGCAGAGAUGCCUGAACGGAGACGUUCCGUUGGUGUGCGCACGCGCAUGUCACUUGUAUACACGGGAAGCGAACGCCGGAGCUGACAGAGAAAAACAGUAGAUGUGCCAGAGUCUUGCCCCAUCACGUUCAAGAUUGUUCGUGCUCCUUCUGAACAAGUUGAAGUGCAGGGGGUCUCAUCAAAACGAGGUCCCCAUGGUUCAACUAUGGAUGUAUCUACGGCCAGCACGGACUCCACGGGACAAGACCCUGGCAAACCACUUGCUGUUAGUAGCGGUGUAACUUCUCUCCCUAUUCAACAGGGGAAACUAGGCUCACACUCGGUGCAGACUUUCAAUGGGAGCCAAACUAUGAACUUUCACAAUUCAGGAAGCGCUGCCGCUCUCGGGGGGACGACAGUGACGAGCGGUACUGGUGACAGCAGCAGCACGGCGGUAUCUGUCACAGCAGCCAACAGCGGAACAGUGAUGUCAAAAGGGCUAGCCAGUGCGAUAAUGCCCCCCUCGUCAAACAGUGUAAUUCAGACGCCUCUCAUGAUCUCGCAGAGUGUUGUCGCUUCAGCUCAGCCUGUCAGCCAGACAGCCGGACCUACUGUGACUCUCGUCAGGCCGCCUAUGCAAACCGCGGGGUCGGGUGCAACUUUGAAUGGGAACAAUAAUGCGAGCCCUGCUGUUGCUGCCAAUACAGGUCAGACAAGUAUCGUCGUACAGCCCACGCAUGUAAACAAUAGCCAGCCGUCCAGCGCAGGUUCGCACAUAAUCAAGGCAGAGCCACCCACAACAAUAAUACAGACGGCUCCGCAGUCUGCUGUCACUCCCGGCGCCGUCAGCGCUCCCCGGAUUACGGCAACGGGAGCAGCCGGUCCAGCCGGGAUCCGAGCCCUGACGCCUCAGAUGUUGGCCCCAAGGCUCUCACAGACCUCCCCGGGACAGCCCAGUAUACAUAACAUCCAGCUCCCCCCGGGGAUGGUGCUUGUACGCAGUGAGAGUGGACAGCUGCUGAUGAUUCCUCAGCAGGCUCUGGCCCAGAUGCAGGCCCAGGCACAGGGAGGCAUGCCACCUCGGACUGCUACACCAACAAACGUGCCUCCUGGCCAGGCUCCAGGAAACACCAUCAUCAGCAGACAAGUGGCUCCCAGCACCAUCAUCCGUCAGGGCUGUCCAGCCCCGACAUCACUCGCUGCCACCACCGCUCUUCACAGACCUCCUAUCCUUCAGAGCUCAGUUGGGGCUACAGUAACAGGAAUGACCCCCAGGACCGUCAGCCAAGCAGCUGGGACCACAGUUACCUCAGUAACAAUGAGCAAAGAGACAUUGGAGAACGUGAAGAAAUGUAAGAACUUCCUGUCUACAUUGAUCAAGCUGGCAUCCUCUGGAAAGCAGUCAACAGAGACUGCAGCCAGCGUGAGAGAGCUGGUCAAGGAGCUGCUGGAGGGCAAACUGGAAGCUGAGGAAUUCACCAGUACAUUGUACAAAGAGCUCAAGUCUUCACCUCAACCUUACCUUGUGCCUUUCCUCAAGAAAAGCCUCCCACCCUUGAGGCAGCUCACCCCAGAUGCAGAGGCCUUCAUCCAGCAGAGUCUGCUCCCUCAGCCGGCCUCAAGUCCAGUCUCCUCCACCUCAACCACCCCCACAACAGUGGUCCUGGGCAGCCCGGUCCCGCACCUCACUGCCCCAGUCAGCAGGCCGCAGCUCCAGCCAGGCAUUAGCAAACCAGGACAGACACCCACACUGGUUCUCCAGCCUCAGCAGCAGAGAGCAAUCUUGAGACCUCAGGUAGCCUUACCGACGACCCCUAUGGUGACUCUCAGGAAUCAGGCCCCUGGCCGCAUCAUGGUGGGACAGCAACAGGUCCAUCUUAAAGAGCUGCAACCAGUAUCUGUGAGGCCGGAGGUUCCACCUGUUUCUAGACAAGUCUAUGCUGCAGCCUUGACCCCGGCUCAAAAGAACAAGCUGAAGGAGGCGGGUGGCACUUUCAAAGAUGAUGACGACAUCAACGACGUGGCCUCCAUGGCCGGAGUGAACCUAUCAGAGGAAAGUGCUAAUAUCCUAGCAACCAAUUCUGGACUAGUGGGAGCGGUGACACAUUCCUGUAAGGACGAGGCUUUUCUCUCCUGUGCCAUGCUACAGAGGAGAAUGCUGGAGAUCGGUAGGAAGUAUGGCGUGACAGACCUGGGCGCGGAGGUGGUGACCUAUGUCUCCCACGCUACUCAGCAGCGGCUCCAGAACCUACUGGAAAAAGUUUCCCAAGUUGCUCAGCAGAAAAAUGUCAAUUUCAAGGAGGAUGACAAUUAUGAGCAGAGCAGUGAUGUUCGUGCUCAGCUCAAAUUCUUUGAGCAGCUGGACCAGUUAGAGAAACAAAGGAAGGAGGAGCAGGAGAGAGAGAUCCUCCUAAAGGCAGCUAAGUCUCGAGCUCGGCAAGAGGACCCGGAGCAGCUGCGUCUGAAACAGAAGGCAAAAGAGAUGCAGCAGCAGGAGCUGGCUCAGAUGAGACAGAGGGAGGCCAACCUGACGGCCUUGGCAGCUAUUGGUCCGAGGAAGAAGAGGAAGAUUCUGGACUCUCCAUCCUCGUCUGCUGCAGCUGAGGGAUCAGGAACAGGUCCCUCUCUGUCUGGUGGUGCUGGUUCGUCAGGCUCCAGGCUCACACGGCAGCGCGUCACACGUGUCAAUCUCAGGGACCUGCUCUUCUGCUUGGAGAACGAGAGAUUUACCAGUCGCUCCCAUUUCCUCUACAAGGGCUUUCUCAAAUAGGCUUGAUGUCAGAGAGGAGAGGAGGGGAGUGAAGUGCGUGGAGAGGCCAACCGCUCCCACCAUAGAGAGAGCAUAAGAGACUCUUAUGAAUGAAGAGGAGGAGCUCAGCGACUUGGCACAUUUCAAGGUCUUUCAUAUGCACAUGAUAACCUGAAAUGCAGUGGUAGCCAUAUCGGAUGGCCUCUCUACCUCUCUCCUCUAAUGCCUGUUUUCUUAUAGAGCAGUCAUGGACUAAUUUUCCCUGAACUUCUUUUUCAAGAACGUGCAAAAAUGAAUGACAUGUUUUAUGAGGAAUGGUUUUUGUAUGAACAAAUGAGUUAUUGUACAAUUAUGCACUGUCCACAGUAGUUUAUUGUCUGAUUAUAUGUGUGUGCGUUAAACUUUAAAGAAAUGGAAAUCACCACAUUUGUUUUACACCAACUAAUUUUAUUGAAUAAUGAUUUUUUUUGUUUUGUCAACUGAAUUAGUUUGAACUCCAAACUGUGUAACCUACUGAGUUGCCUUCCUAACGAUGAAUAAGCCAUAUAGCUACCCCAAAGCAAUUAACCCUUCUGUAACUCAUGAUGCAGUAGCUCGCUCUGUAUCUGUCAUCUCCAUUACUUUAUUUGACUUUCCCCCCCUAGCAUAUUUAUUUACUAAACUCAAGCUUAAAUUAAUGUUUAGUUAUUUAUUUAAUGUGACACCUCAGUUGUUUCUUAAAUUCAAAACAAAAUUUACAUUCAUAGGCUACUUUUUAAAAUCAGUUUUGGCAUUUUUUGGGGGGGUAUAGUUUUCAGUGUGUGAAGAGAGGUGUUUGUUUUUUUUAUCUGAUAAAAAAUUUGUUUGACAUGUAUUGGUUUCUAAAACUUAAACAGAAGGCUUUUAACCUGUAUUGCUCUACCAAACAUACAUCUACCGGAAACUGAUUUCUAUUUUUGUAGCUGCCACCAACACACAUAUUUUUACUCUUUUAAUAGUUACUGACAGUGUCCUCCAACUUAAGAAACUGGAGUUUCUUCCUGUAUAUUUGUACAUGUUACACCUAAAGUUUUACACGCAGUUUUGUAUAGAAUUGAGAAUUUACCCAUACUACAUAAAGAAACAUUUUCUCUAUUGAAAAGUUGGAAUAAAUGAUUUUACAGUAA